AUGGCAUCCUCAUCAAGCCCUCCCGCAGUCUCAGAGCUGACCUACACGCCUCUCCCGCCCUCUUCCCCUCCCCAGCCACCCACCGGAAGCGCAAACAUUUCCCGCAGGGAAUACAUCUACAUCCUCCCACACCCACUUCCAGCACACGCGCCCGUCCCGUACACCCCCGGCCUGCCCUCGACAAACCCCCUCAACCUCCCACCAACCCCCUUCGAACCAACAAGCUCCCUCGUCCUCACCUCCCCCCGCGCCUCGUUCGUCGACCUGCGCUACCUCAAGCCGCUCCACGCCGCGGAAACACCGCUUCCCAACGCCGGCGAGACGGCGCGGCUAGACUGGGGCUUCGCGGGCGCCGCGUCGUCUGUGCUGGCGCCGUCGCCGCACCCCGUGUUCGGCGCGUAUGCGCGCGCGAACUGGGAGCACUGGGUGGACUCGCGCGUCCCCAUCGGCCAGUCGGUUGCGGGCGAUGAGGGCGAUGUGUAUAGGCUGGGAGGGGGGUUCUGGCUGGAGCAUGGGAGCAAGUUUCAUCCGCUUCUGGAUCGGGUUGCUACGUAUGAGGAGCUGUGGCGCGAUGUUGAAGUGCGGUCUACGUCUACAUCCCCGUCUUCAUCUACGUCUACGUCCUCAGCUGGCAGAGACGCGCAAACGGAGGACAAGGUCUGUAUGCUUCUCCGGUGCGACGACGAGGCGGCGCGCGUCCGCGGCGUAGUGAUACGGGUUGGUCGGUUCUGCCAGGGGAUUGUGAUGCAGGGCGACGCGUGCACGACGGAGCGGUGGGAGUUUGAGUCCAGCGAGGACGGCGAGACCAGCGAGGACGGCGAGACGGCAGACACCGCGGCGCAGAGCGCGAAGCACAGCACCAGGCAAAACGGCUGGAAGCGCACGGCGCGCACCGGCGACGCUUUCCUGCCCUGCGCUGUCACGUUCAGAACACAGACUGUGCGGCUGGGCGGCAGGCUCGCGUACGGCGACCUGGAGUGGGUGGUCGAGGAGAUGUGGGUGUGGCAUUGA